UCUUAUACAGUGAUCCGUGCCAACAACUGGUCAUCAUGGCAAAGGGAUGGAGAUCUUUGCAGGAGAGAAAAGCAUGGGACUGGGCUCUCACCACAAGUUUGGACCAUAUAUCAGCUGGAAACAUUAACCAGGCAUAUAGGAUUACAAGCAAGCAAUGCAAGUCUGGUUCUUGCAGAACAAACUGCAAAUGGAAUCCCAAUUGCUUGAACUGCCUAGGCGAGGCCUCAUUUUUGAACACUUCAUCAGAAAUGCACAAGUCUAAUAUGGAGGAUUAUGUCCGGAAAAAUGUGAGUAAAGAGGACUUCUGUGGAUUGAAAAACUUAGGGUCUACUUGUUACGUCAACUCCCUUCUGCAGGUAUGGUUCUCUGAUGUCAAACUGAGAGAGGCUGUUUUCUCAUUUAAAGUGGUCAGUCGUCAUCCCGCAGAAGUUGCUGAGAAAACAGUUGAUAGGACAUUAGAAGGACUUACAAGCAGAAAAAAAGCCAAACUUGACCUGGAUGUGAAAGAUACGUCUGAAGAAUUGUCAACAACCUGUGCCAGUGUUGAGUCUGGGACUGGGAGUGACAAUCAGGCAAUGGUUUCAAGCGCUAUGAUUGCUGUAAUCGAACAACUACAAAUGCUCUUCAUCAAUUUACUGAAAUCGAAAAGAAGAGUGAUUGAUGCUACUGGGUUUGUGGACAGUCUUCACCUGCAGCAUGACAGACAACAGGAUGCUCAAGAGUUCAGAAAAUUGUUUCUGUGUCAACUCAGUUGUGUCUUCCAAACAGAGCCCAAUCCAGUCUUUCGGAGAUGCGUGGAUAACUUGUAUGGAGGGAGCUACUCGUACAUGACAAGGUGUGAGGGAUGUGGAAUUGUUUCAGGUGUCGAGUCACCAUUUUACGAGCUGGAGCUCGGUGUGCAGAACUGUCCCACUCUCCACAAAUCACUGGCACAGUUCUUUAAGGAAGAGAGUCUGAGUGGGGACAACCAAUACCACUGUAGUCAUUGCUCUGGGAAGAGAGAUGCGAGUCGGUACAUCCAGCUCAAGUCACUGCCACCUGUGCUCACUCUGCAGAUGCUCAGAUUCGUGUUUAACUUGUCUCUACUGGCCAAGGUGAAAGUGACCUCUCACCUUGUGUUCCCAGACCAGUUAGACUUGAGUACAUACACUGGUAAGCCUACCCCUCUCUAUCACUUAUCCUCCUUCAUCGUGCAUUGCGGAGCCUCUGCCUAUACCGGACACUACAUUGCCUACAUCAAGAAUCCUAAGACUGGCAAAUGGUGGAAGUUUGACGAUGACGUUGUGAAAGAAUGCAAGAACGACAAGUUGAUUCUCUGCUCGGAUGAAGACAGUGUUGACUCCUCCCAGAAAGGAAUGCGACGCUGUCCAAAAGGGAGUCACGUAUCAAACAACGUUUACAUGCUUGUCUACAAAAGAGAGGACCAUUUCAAAGAUACCCUGUGUGAGGUACCUCCCCACCUUCAAAAGCUCAGCAAUGAUAACAAUGCUUCCUUCUUAGCCACUGUGGAGGAAUUGAAAGCUGCUGAGUCUGCUCAGCAUGUUGUUGAGGAGUCCAGGGCUGCUGAGAUGAGAGGACUGUACAGUGGGCUUUCUGUACAGGGUGAGGGGUGCGUGUGGGUGCUCACCUCGUGGAUCAAGGCCUGGCUGGGUGGGUCACUGACGCCCGGGGAGAGGGGCACCCUGGAACCACUGCUAUGUAGGCACAGCAACCUGUCACUGAAUGCUGUUACCGAAGUCAAAAGAAUAAGCAGCAUUGGGUUAGAUGCUGUUUGUGAGAAAUUGGACAAGUCAGUUUGUCCACUGAGGAUGGCCAGUGAAUUGCUGUGUGGGAAAUGUGUGCGACAGCGGUGUGAAGAAAUACAACUCAAAGACAAGAUGGAAAAACAGCACAAAGUCAUCACCAAGCUGUUGAAAUCAAAGUGUACAAGUGCUUCCGGUUUUUGGGUGGGUAAAAAGUCUUUGCAAAACUGGAGGAAGACACGUCUCCAGCAAUUGACUGCCCUGCUGUCUGGGAGCGAUCAGGAUUCUGAAUCACUAUGCGAUGGUACUGCGUCUCAAGGAAAGCAUAGUGACAAACCAGAAGUUGCUGUGUUUAACACUGACCUACUCUGCGAGCAUGAUGAGCUCUGUCUUGGUGAAGGCAAGAGAAGGUUGGUACAACCUGAGGUAUGGGCUAUCCUUCACGAGCACUUCCCCACAACCAGGGCCUAUGCAGCACUGCACAAACUCUGUCAGCAGUGCACGGUGAACAAGAGUGAAGCUGACAAGCGUACUGAUUUAUUGAAGUCAACAUGUCGAUUACAGAAAGAAGCGCUAUCUGAGCUCUACUUCCUCAGGAAUCGGCCUCAAAUCUCAAAUUUGCAGUCUGAAGUGUUUGUCCUACCAACGACGUUUAUGGAUAACUGGACUUCGUGUAUACGGUUCCCCAACACGUAUGAGAUGCCAACUUCACUAUGUGUGGAGCUGCUGCUCUGUUCUCAUAGUAAGCUGGCAAUACCAGUGAGGGAAAACAAUUGGGAGACACUAGCACAGCAUGUAGUGCUGGUGCAUCCUGAAGAGUGGCACGCUCUACUACAGUGGUUCACAUCAGAAAACAGUGUCACCAUUUCAGUGAUGACAAAUCUAGAGGAUAACUCGACAACAAUUAAAACUGUUCCUGAAGUUUGUGAUGGGUGUAGCAGUCGUUGGCAGCCUGUUGAAAAUGGUUUGGAAUCAGCCACCUUUGUUUAUGUGUAUCAUCUCAAGGAUUCAGAUAAUGAAGAGGAGGCAUUGUCAAUGCUGACAUUUUUCAAGAAGCGAUCAAGGAGAAGCAUACCACCUUCUGCCAAGAGAAUGAAGAUAGAUCUUUCCCAGUCACUGUUUCAGCUCCAGUUGAUGGUGAUGAAAGAGUAUGAACUCACUCCACGGGAGCAGUCCCUUUAUCUGUAUGGGGAGGUGUUGCAACAUCCUGACAAACCUUUGAGAGACCUUGGAGUAGAGUCUGGUUCAGUGCUCUUCCUGAAGGCCCCAACAGAAGAAGAUAAAAUAGCGUUGUUUCUGAAAGAAACGGCUCAAACUGCAGCUGCAACUCCAGAAUAUGGAUUUAGAGGUACUGGAUUGCUGGACAGCUAGAAUUUUUUUACCUUAAUUGGUAUAUGAUUGUUGUAGAUCUAUAAUUACAUACAACUCUGGUUCCAAAUUAUAACAACAUUUUUAUCAUGAA